UAUGUCUAUUUGAAAUGUUUUAAUCGAUCAGGUUAAUAUUGAUGAUGAUGAUUACUCAGUCUAUAAUCCCCUUAGACGAAUGGGUCACAGGAAGUAAAAAGUUGUAAUUUAUACCUUUUGCUCAUGUUGCACAAAAAGACGUUAAGGCGAUCAAGUGUAAACGUGCUCCCUGAGGGGGAAAUUUUAUGACAGGUAGCCAUGUGGGUCCGAGGAAGAAAAGUUUGUUAAACGUCUGAGUCUUCCGGAAGGGUUUGUUCAGGUCACUAAAUCACGGCAUGCAGAGUCCGUUGGCCAGACGUAACAGGAUGAUAGAACAGUGUUAUUUUAAAAUGCCGAUGGGUACACAAGCUGGAAUAUAUCCUUUGCAGCUCUUUCAACUUUAAAUGGAUUCUUGGGUAACUUAAAACCGCACAAGGGGGAAUCCGGCAGGGGCCCACAAACAACUAGUCAGCCGGUUUCUGUAAAUAAAGUUUCACUGGAACACGGCCACGCCCAGCUGUUUUCCCAGUUCAAGGGCAGAGUCGAGGAGCUGUGAGAUUGUCACUGCAGCCUAAGAUACUUACUCUCCGUCCUCUUCAGAAAAACUGCUGAUUGUCGCGGAUGAUGGGUUUUUCAAUUAACUUAUUGGUAUAUAACGUCACGCAGAAGAGUGCACAAGUCAUUAAAUGUGCAUUUCGAGGAAUCGCCACCAUCUAAACGCAGCAAGAGGCACCGCAGAAGCCCCCUCUGUGCCCCCACGAAGGGGAGCUGCUAUCUUGGCUUUGAACCCCUGCGGUUCUCGGCAUUUCAAAACUAAUCUGGGUACCAAAGCUGUGAGGGCUUGUUCAUUUUCGCAUUCCGCGUUUAACCUAGUUACCCUAAAAAUGCAAAUCGGCUCUCAAGCGCCUCUCGGGCUUGUCGAUGCCGUUACCGUUACCGUGAGGCGCCCAUGCCUAAUUUAUUUUUUCUUUUUGCAGAGAGGUUUCACUUUAAGUCAUGGAUGGUACAGCACCAAAAGACAUACAACAUGGCCGAGUACCACCACAGGCUGCAAACCUUUGUCAACAACCGGAGGAAGAUAAAUGCCCACAACGCUGGCAACCACACAUUUAAAAUGGGAAUAAACCAAUUCUCAGAUAUGACGUUUGCUGAAUUAAAACAGAAGUAUCUUUGGUCAGAGCCUCAGAACUGCUCGGCCACCAAAAGUAAUUACCUUCGGGGCAGAGGUCCCUACCCACCCUCCGUGGACUGGCGGAAAAAGGGACAUUUUGUCUCUGCAGUGAAAAAUCAGGGUGGCUGUGGCAGCUGCUGGACCUUCUCCACCACGGGGGCCCUGGAGUCCGCGAUCGCCAUCAAAACGGGAAAGAUGCUCUCUUUGGCGGAGCAGCAGCUGGUGGACUGUGCUCAGAACUUCAACAACCACGGCUGCAAAGGGGGUCUCCCCAGCCAGGCCUUCGAGUACAUCCGCUACAACAAGGGCAUCAUGGGAGAGGACACCUACCCCUACCAGGGCAAGGAUGGCACCUGCAAGUUCCAGCCCGAGAAGGCCAUCGCUUUUGUCAAGGACGUGGCCAACAUCACCAUUAACGACGAGGAGGCGAUGGUGGAGGCCGUGGCCCUGUACAACCCCGUGAGCUUCGCCUUCGAGGUGACCGAAGACUUCAUGCUGUACAGAAAAGGCAUCUACUCCAGUACUUCCUGUCACAAGACUCCGGACAAAGUAAACCACGCGGUGCUGGCUGUGGGCUACGGAGAAGAAAACGGGAAACCCUACUGGAUUGUGAAGAACUCUUGGGGCCCCCAGUGGGGAAUGAACGGGUACUUCCUCAUCGAGCGCGGGAAGAACAUGUGCGGGCUGGCCGCCUGCGCCUCCUACCCCAUCCCACUGGUGUGAGCCCCGACGCGGCACCGACUGGACGAAGGGAGGAACGAAGGGCGGCCUGGCCCGCUGGUGGGAACCCCGCUCUGGAGGAAGGGCGGGAGCCACCCCCCCGCCGGAGGGCCAACCUCACACCCUCACCCCGGCCGAGGAGGAGGAGGAGGAGGAGGAGGAGGAGGACCACCAAGCAUCAGCCCAGCACUCUCUCGACCAAAGCUGAUCACCAGCCACACGCCUCGGGCCUCAUUUUUAACUGGCUCAUGCCCACGUGUCCCAAGACUGUUCUUUAUCUCCAGAGGGCUACUUGUCCCCUUUGGAGAGCACUCCGGUGACUGUCUUCAUUGUGGUGUCUACUCAAUAAACAUUUAGUGAGCACCUGCCCGGGCCGGGCCUGUAA